GGAGAUGCUGUCACCGGUGUCACGAUCGCUUUCACGAUACUGGCUUUCCUUGCAACGGUCGCUCGAAUUUACACACGAACAUGGAUCGUACACAAUGCUGGAUUGGACGACCUAUUCAAUUCAAUCGCGCUCGCCCUUACCAUAGCCCUCACCGCAACAAUGUGUAUGCAGGUGAAGUACGGAAUGGGAAGGCAUUACGAUACGCUCAGUGAACACGAGAAGAAAUACUCUCUGAUAUGGUUCUGGGCAUCUGUCUGGAUAUACUAUCUUGCGCUGUGCUUCACAAAGCUAUCGAUCAUAUUGCAAUACCUCAGGAUAUUCCCGAAUCGACCAUUCCGCAGAGUGUGCUUCGCGUUGAUUGGCGUCAUUGUUGGCUGGACCAUGUGGGCUUUUCUUUCGGCAGUCUUUGCUUGCUGGCCAAUUCAUUCGUUCUGGGAUGGUUCGAGAGGCACAUGCCUCAAUCGCUUGGCAGUCUGGUUCUCCAAUGCUGCUGUCAAUAUCGCAACAGACUUGGCGACCGCCAUUAUCCCACUGCCUGUCCUGAAAUCUUUGAAUAUACCAAAGAAACAACGAUACAUAUUGAUGGCCGUCUUCGGGCUCGGAGGCGUGGUGUGCAUCAUAUCAGUAUUGCGACUGUCCGCGCUCUACGCCAUUUCCGUCUCGGACGACGUAAGCUGGGACAACCCACUAGCGGCGAUCUGGAGCAGCACUGAAGUUAACGUCGGCAUUGUGUGCUCGUGCCUGCCAACACUAAAAGGCUGCGUGACCAGAUUCUUCCCACAUCUCUUCAUAUCA